UGCCAAGGGAAAGGGAGAGGGAGAGGGAGAAGGAAGCAGGCAGCCAGCGCUGCCAGCUUUCUCUGAUGCCAGCCUGGUCCGGGAUGUGGCUGGGCACCUUGGGUCAGGGAGAACCCUGAGACUCUCUGGGCACCGAUCCUAGACCCACAUACCCUCCAUCCAUCCAUUCCUCUAUCCCUCCAUCAAUCCCUCCCUCCAUCCUUCUUUCCCAGGGUGGGCACCGGGGUUGGCAUCGGGUGCCCAUGCCUCCUCCGCCGCCAUGCCAGUGAUGAAAGGCUUGCUGGCCCCGCAGAACACCUUCCUGGACAACAUCGCCAACAGGUUCGAUGGGACACACAGCAACUUCCUCCUGGCCAAUGCUCAGGUGCACCGUGGGUUCCCCAUUGUUUACUGUUCUGACGGAUUCUGCGACCUCACUGGUUUUGCCCGGACAGAAGUCAUGCAGAAGAACUGUAGCUGUCGUUUUCUCUAUGGCAGUGAGACCAGUGAAGCCGUUUUGCAGCGCAUUGAGAAAGUGUUGGAAGGAAAGCAAGAGUACCAAACGGAAGUCUGCUUCUACAAGAAGGGUGGAACAGCCUUUUGGUGCCUGUUGGAUAUUGUACCUAUCAAGAAUGAGAAAGGCGAGGUGGUUCUUUUCCUCUUCUCUUUCAAGGAUAUCACUGACAGCCGUGGGAAGAGUCAGCCCAGUGAAAAAAAAGAUGAAAAGAACCGCUGUAAGAAGGAAGGAAGUUCCCACCUGCGGACAGCCAGGAGACAAGGGCGCACAGCUCUCCACCACCUUGCCAGGCAAUUCACCAAGAAGGAACGGACAGAGAUGAAGAUUAACAGUGAUGUCUUUGAGAGCAAGCCCUCUGUGCCCGAAUAUAAAGUAGCCAGCGUGCAGAAGUCGCGCUUCAUCCUCCUCCAUUACAGUGUCUUCAAGGCCCUAUGGGAUUGGCUCAUCCUCCUGGCCACUUUCUACGUAGCCGUGACUGUUCCUUACAACGUCUGCUUUACAGACACUGAAGACAGCUUGGCAACUGCCCGCAGCACCAUUGUCAGUGACAUCGUCGUGGAGAUGCUCUUCAUUGUUGACAUUAUUUUGAACUUCCGGACCACAUAUGUUAGCCAGUCAGGCCAGGUGAUUUAUGAUACUCGUUCUAUCUGCCUCCACUACGUGGCUACCUGGUUCUUUGUGGACUUGAUUGCAGCCUUGCCAUUUGAUCUCCUCUAUGCCUUCAAUGUUCCAGUGACAUAUCUUGUGCACCUGCUGAAGACAGUGCGUCUCCUGCGCUUACUACGCCUGCUCCAAAAGCUGGACCGCUAUUCUCAGUACAGCGCCAUGGUCCUGACAUUACUCAUGUCCAUGUUUGCCUUGUUGGCCCACUGGAUGGCCUGCAUCUGGUAUGUCAUCGGUCGGCAGGAAAGCAAUGAUCCCGUGACCUGGGACAUCGGUUGGCUCCAUGAACUGGGCAAGCGGAUAGAGGCUCCGUACCUGAACACCUCUGUAGGUGGACCAUCCAUCCGCAGUGCCUACAUUGCUUCGCUGUACUUCACCCUCAGCAGUCUGACCAGUGUGGGCUUUGGCAAUGUCUGUGCCAAUACGGACGCUGAGAAAAUCUUCUCCAUCUGUACCAUGCUCAUUGGUGCUUUGAUGCAUGCUGUGGUCUUUGGCAAUGUGACGGCUAUCAUUCAGCGCAUGUAUUCCCGACGGUCCCUCUAUCACACCCGCAUGAAGGAUCUUAAGGAUUUCAUCCGCGUCCAUCGCCUGCCUCAGCAGCUCAAGCAACGUAUGCUGGAGUACUUUCAGACCACGUGGUCCGUCAACAAUGGCAUUGAUGCCAAUGAGCUCCUGCGUGACUUUCCAGACGAACUACGAGCUGACAUCGCCAUGCACCUAAACAAGGAUAUUUUGCAGUUGCCACUGUUUGAGAGCGCCAGCCGGGGCUGCCUGCGCGCCUUAUCCUUGCACAUCAAGACCUCUUUCUGUGCCCCUGGAGAAUACUUGCUCCGGCAGGGGGACGCCUUGCAAGCGCAUUACUUUGUCUGCUCAGGCUCCCUCGAAGUUCUCAAGGACAACAUAGUGCUGGCCAUUUUGGGCAAAGGGGAUCUCAUUGGUGCUGACUUGCCCAGCAAAGAACAAGUCAUCAAGACCAACGCGGAUGUCAAGGCCCUCACUUAUUGUGACCUCCAAUACAUCAGUCUGCGUGGGCUCUUCGAGGUGCUGGAACUAUACCCUGAAUAUUCAGCCAAGUUCAUGGCGGAUAUUCAUCAGGACCUCACCUUCAACCUACGCGAAGGCAGUGAGAUUGAGGGACUUCUCCGAUUCUCCAGGUCCCCACGUUUAUCCCAGCCUCAUUCUGAAAGUGGUGCUGCCCCUGAGAAGCCCCUGCCCUCCAUCCAGGAAUACACUGAGGACACUGAGGACCUCUUCCAACCCUCACCUGCCACCAUCACCCGACGCAAACUCCUCUUGCCCAACCUCAACAGUCCCGUGAGGAAGGGCUCCUUCAGCAGCCUCCUAGGAGAUGACCUGCGGCAGUUCUCAGCCCUGCGGCGAAAUUGUCGGUCUCCAGCUCGCUGCAACCGAGGCCAUAGUCCUUCUUCACGGUGUCGCCGGGAGGAUCGAUUCUCUGACAGCGAGAUCACCAAUGCGCGGACAAUUGGCAAACUCCUCAUUCCUUCUCUCAUGAAUUAUGGACCCCCAGACCUCAGCCCCAGAGUUGUAGAUGGAAUUGAAGAUGAUAGCAGAGCAUCAGAGACACAGACCUUUACUUUCAACAUGUACCAGCCUCUCCAGAACUCAGCACAAGAGCCUCAUGUGUCAGGGAUCGAAGAAGCCAUCCCUGUGUAAUCAGAAGCUGAUGAGGUAAAGGAGAUCAGGAGGCUCAAUCAAGAGAUCAGCAAUCUGAACCGGGAGGUUUCCCAACUCAGCCGGGAGCUGCACCAUCUGAUGAGCCUCCUUCAGAGUCAGCUGGCUGCUCAGUCUUCCUACCUCCCUGCCUCAACCUGUCCCCACAAUUGCAGUCAAAACUCUCCUUCCACACCUCCUGUCGGCAGACUGCCUUUUUCUCAGACCUCUGCUUCCAUGCCAACCUGUGGCCUCCUGGCCUCCUCAAGUAUAGACUUUUCUGCCUUCACCAGCUCCCCACCUUCUGUCAUCUCCAAUUGCACAGAGCCCUUGGAACCCCAGGAACAGAGGGGUUCUGCCUCCUGCGGCCCUGCAAGUCCCUCAUACCGGUACCAUUCUCCACGGGCAGACACAGGACACAGAAACCGUCACCGCAGCCAGACAGCCAAUAUGACUUCUUGUUCAAGCUCUCCCAUGUUGUGUCCUGUUACCUCGCUCUCCCCAAGAAACUCUUUUUCCACCUGCUCAGGGCAGAGCUGUCCACCUACUACGCGCUUCUUUUUUCGGUCAAGUUCAGAGAGCUUUCACUGAUGCCAAGGAACCUCCUGCCACAGCUUAUUUCUUUUGUAUAUUUGGUGCUCUGAACUCUGUGGCUGCCAGCACCAUCAUUUGUGUUGUUCUUUCU